AUGACGAUCAACGCUCAUCGUUCAAGAGUCUACUCCUACCGCUGUUCUGCGGCGCUUGUGCUGGCAAUGGCAGACGCAACAGAGGCUGCCGCAGCGAGCAGGCGGCAGGAAGAGCUGCAGAAGCAGGAGAGACAUGCCGAUAUCAAGCACUUGCUCACACCGUUGCUUCUGCGUCGACAGAAGGUGUACAAUGCCAUCGCAACACCGCUCGAGGCGCCACUCAUAACGCAUGCACAUGGCCAGCAUGCAUUCUUCCCCAACUUGGACGCCAAGGCUGCCCUGCAGGACGUUCAGCCUGAACGAGUAGCAUGCAGUCAGACAAUGCACAAAGCCACUUGUCGUGCCUCCGAUACGGUGACGAUGCGUUGCACCUCCAGCAAGGCAGCACGCAGCGAGGCAGAGGGGGAAGUUGGCGGCGAAGCGAAACAUGUUAGAUUCAAAGGACCGCAUCGUGUGAAAGUGAGGCUGUGGGGCGGGGUUGGAAGGGGUGGAGAUGGCGGUCUUGGAGCGCGUCAGCGUGCGUCCGCUCGGGAACGGCCCGUUUGGCGACGGGCAACUUCGACCACCGCCUCGACGUUCCCACCUCCACCAUCGUCUACCGCACUGCCUUUUGCUGCAUCACCUGCCGGAUCGAUCCGACCGUAUCGCUGCGUCGCGAGUGCGCCACACCCUUGCUCCAUGUAUCGCCCGCUCCCACGCGCCGUUUCGGCGCUUCCGAAACGACUCACCCCCGCUUCGGCACGCUCCAUCGUCACACCAUGCCGCCCGGCCAUCGCAUCUUCUCUGCCAUCACACAGCGUAUCGAUCGGGCGUCUGCUGUCCACCUCGCGCGCAAGCCGUGCCGAAGCCGCAGCAAAGCCGGCUGCACCCACAGCGUCGUCGAGUGCCUCGGCGAGUUACAGCGAUGGCGGACCUGCAGUGCCGGGUGUCACGAUGGACGCCAAGUCGCGGGCAGUGUACAUCACAUGGGCAAGCGGCAUCACGAGCAAGUUCCACAACAUCUGGCUACGCGACCACUGCCGCUGUCCGCAGUGCUACCAUCCAACCACCAAGCAGCGUCUGCUGAAUACGUUUGAGAUCGCUCCCGACGCACAGCCCAUCUCGGCCGAAGCAACGACAGAAGGGUUGCUGGUGCAUUGGCCUUUGCUGCCUUCGGAACGAGCCGCUCAGCCCGCGACGCCCGAACCAGCACAGGGUACCGAGGAGGCGGCAGGAGAAAGCGCUGCGGGGCCACAGCAUCCGUCGCUGUAUCCGUGGCGAUGGCUCAUGCGCAACUCGUAUUCGCCACUGCUCUCCGACCCCGUCACCGCAGCCAGCGACGACACAGGCCUCAAGGGCAUCGAAAAGGUGCUUUGGGGCAAAGGCAUCGGCUCGGCUCCUCCGACAGUCAAGUACGACGAAGUCAUGGGUUCCGACGAGGGCGUGCUCAAGUGGGUCACCAAAAUCGCACAGUAUGGAUUCGCAUUUGUUUCCGGUGUGCCGCCCACACCGACGGACACGGAGGCGCUCAUUCGCCGCAUCGCCUUCAUCCGCGAGACGCACUACGGCGGCUUCUGGGACUUUACCUCGGACCUUGCACACGGCGAUACGGCCUACACUGACCUGGCACUGCAGGCACACACGGAUACGACCUACUUUACCGACCCCGCUGGGCUGCAGAUGUUCCACCUGCUCAGUCAUACUGCAUCGAAGACCUCGUCGAGCGGCACCAAGGGUCCUAGUGGUGGAGAAUCGCUGCUCGUCGAUGGCUUCCUUGCUGCAGCGGUUCUCAAGGACGUUCAUCCAGAUGCGUACGAUACGCUGAGUAGGGUGCGGAUCCGCACCCACUCGGCAGGCGACGAAAACACCAUGAUCCGCCCACUCCUUGAUGGCGGCUAUCCUAUCCUGCAGCACGACGAGGCGACGGGCGAGCUUGUGCUCGUGAGGUACAACAAUGACGAUCGGUCGGUGCUGCGCGUCGACGCCGACGAUGUCGAACCAUUCUACGACGCGCUCAAGAAGUGGAACGCGAUCCUUACCAAUCCCGAGGGCGAGUAUCGCGUGCAACUCAAACCAGGCACCCCGCUCAUCUUUGACAAUCACCGCGUGCUGCACGGUCGUGCCGCCUUUGUGGGCAACCGACGCCUCUGCGGCGCCUAUGUCAACCACGACGACUACCGAUCCAGAUUGGCCGUCCUCCGCACCCAGCUCGCGGAAAACAGAUCCACUAGAGGCGUCUGGGAUGACGGCCUCUAG